UUGCCACCUCACAUUCUUGUUCUCAUCGAAAUGCAGUUGUAGUCUUCCGAUGCCCUGCACACACCUUGCUCUCUCAUCCAUGAUAUGAUAUCCUUCUCUGGCAAACGCACCGCGCUUGUUGUCCAUUGCCUCUCGAACUUUCUAUUCGAAGGUGCUCGCCACCUCUCCCAUCAUCCUCGCCAUCUACGCGGUUCCAUCGCCUCCAUCGCGGAGACAAUGGAGCUGAAGCGACUGCGUGUCGCGCUGUGACAAGUCAUGAUGGCGUGCUAGCCCCCAUAUCGACCGGCGCAGCCGUCGCCCGAGCAGGCGGCGGCUGUGCCGAGAUCUGCCCGCACACGCUGGAGCCCGGCUCGUCGUCCGCUGUCACUGGCAGCGAAGCGAUGGCUGCGUGUGCCCGCGUCUGUCAGCUAGAAACUGUCGCUGCCUGGUCGGUUCUCCCGCCCGAGAUCCUCUCGCACAUCGUCCGCUUCCUCCCGCUCGGCAAGAACUGGAUGGCCAUGGCGCUCGUGUGCAAGGCAUACGCGGCGCUGGUCAGCGAUGAGCUCCGCUUUGCCGCCCGGCAGCUGUACGGCCUCGCGUACCAGGUCUCGCCGUACGAGCGCGCCUCGAUCGACAUCAGCGAGUGGAAGCCGCACCUGCUCACCCGCCGCCACUGGCCACAGCAGCUUGCCGCCGCCACCGCGCGGAGCGUUCGCCUCGGCAAGUACCUCGCGCUUCCGCUGCAGGAUUCGCUCCGCGCGCUCGCCAGCGAAAUCGCCGACAGCGUGGCGUCGAUCUACGCCUCGCACCUCACGCCGGCGUUCUCGGCCGCAGUCCUCGGCAUCGAGCUCUGCGCAACCGACAACGCCGACCGCGGCGAGAUCAUGCUCGUCCUCGCCGCCCUCGGCCUCGCCGCAGAGCUGCCAGGCACGUACGCCCGCGUUGUGGUCGGCAACCCCGCGGCCGUCGCCAGCCAGCUCGUCUCGCUCGGGGUUGUCCCACGCCGGCGCAGCGCAAGCUCGCCCCGCGCCGGCCCGCGCCUCGUCGGAACCACCAUCCGGCUCCCGGGCGUAACCGGCAAGAUCAAGCUCGUGACCGGCCACCGCCCUGCAGCAGACAUUCGGGUCAACGACUCGAUCCGCCAGGUCGUUCUCGCGGUCAAGCUGGUCUCACGCACGUCGGCGCUCCGCGCCGCGCCACCACUCUCGGCGCGGCGGAGACGGCGGCUAGCCUCACUCGGCGAGCUCACUGUGUGUGGCGUCCACUAUGCUGAUCUCGCCCGUCUCGCUCUCACCCGCUUUCACGUCGCCUCGGGCGAUGCAGCCCGCGACGACAACUCGCUCGCUGCCCUGCGCGCAGCCGUCAAGACCUUUACGUCGUAAAACGCGCCGCCGUUGAAGCAAAGUAGCUCUACAGCGGCUAAAUGAUCCUGAUCGAA